ACGCUCAGGCGCAGUCGAGGGCUCCCCCACUCACCUUUUUAAAAAGCUCCCCCAGGUCCGUUUGCAUCCCGGCCCGAGGCCAGGUGAGGCGGCAGGAUCCCACCCCCACCCCCGCCGGAUGAUGCCCGUCUCUCUUUUUUCCUGGCAGCCCCUUGGCGCUCCGCCGCAGGUGCCCCGAUGCCCGGAGAGGAGCGGCAGAAGGGCGCGGAGGACUUUGCGCAGAGCCUUGCCAGGGCGCUUGGCGAGGUCUGCAACGCCGCUGCGAGGAAUCCUCCGCGAAGGGCGCUUGCUGCGUUUUCUUCGGUCCUCUCUGCCUGCGCCCGGGCUUGUCUUUGCGCACCCGCGUGUCCUGUUUGCGUUGCCUCUCUCUUUCAGCGGCGUUGCGCGGUGCCUGAAGGGAUCCACAGGACCUCGCCAAACACUUUGGCACGAUGACAGCCAUCCUGGAACGGAUCAGCACCUUGUCCGUCAGUGGACAGCAACUCCGCCGGCUCCCAAAGCUCUUAGAAGAAGGCUUCCCCAAGAUGCCUGGCACCGUCAAAGAAUCGGAUGUCCCCCAGCUCUUCCGGGAGCCGUACAUCCAAGCUGGGUAUCGCCCCACGGGGCAGCAUUGGCGCUACUACUUCUUCAGCCUCUUCCAGAAGCACAACGAGGUGGUGAACGUCUGGACCCACCUGCUGGCAGCUUUGGCUGUGCUGCUGAGGUUUAAUGUUUUUGCGGAAGCGGAGGAGUUGAGUUUGGAAGUCCAGUCCCUGCCCCUCUUCCUCUUCGUCCUCUCCUCUGUCACGUAUCUUACUUGCAGCCUCUUGGCUCAUCUCCUGCAGUCCAAGUCUGAGAUGUUCCACUACACCUUCUACUUUGUGGACUACGUCGGGGUCAGCGUGUACCAGUACGGAAGUGCCCUGGCCCAUUUCUACUAUAGCUCUGAUCAAGCCUGGUAUGACAAGUUCUGGCUCUUCUUCCUGCCGGCAGCUGCCUUCUGUGGGUGGCUCUCCUGCGCCGGCUGCUGCUACGCCAAGUACCGCUACCGACGCCCUUACCCCGUCAUGAGGAAGGUGUGCCAGGUGAUCCCAGCAGGGCUGGCCUUCGUCUUGGACAUCAGCCCCGUGGCGCACCGUGUGGUCAUGUGCCACCUUGAAGGUUGCGAGGAGACGGCUGCCUGGUACCACACCUUCCAGAUACUUUUCUUCCUCGUCAGUGCUUAUUUCUUCUCCUGCCCGGUUCCCGAGAAGUACUUCCCAGGUUCCUGCGACAUCGUUGGCCAUGCCCACCAGAUCUUCCACGCCUUCCUGGCCAUCUGCACACUCUCCCAGCAGGAAGCCAUCUUCCUGGAUUACAAGAACAGGCAAGACAUCUUCCGCAGGCGGCAUGGACCCCUCUCCGUCAUUCUGUCCUGCGGCUCCUUCUUUGGUUUAGUGGCUUGCAGUGCUGUCACCGCACACCUCCUGCAGCGCAGGAUCAGGGUGGAUCUGGCCAUCAAGGAAUCCUGAGGGAUCGCCGUGGGGACAGGGCUCAGGCCCGGCCUUCUUGAAGGAAACCAGCAAAGAUGAAACUGCGUAUAAAUACUGUAUAUAAGUAAAUUAACAAAGGGAGUUGCCUCUAUAAAUUAUAAACAAGGAAUUGCUUGCAGUCUGGAACUACCAUAAAAAAGCUGCCUUAUGUCCUAAACAUUUUUUUUUUUACUGCAGUGUAACAGUUGCUGGCCAAAGAAGCUUUUUAGGCAGAUGUUUCUAAGUUGUCCUGAGUUACCUGCUGAAAUUUGUAGGUAUGUCAAAGAGAAGUGGGAACGGAUAAAUAAUAUAAAAGGGAAGGACUACGGAAAUGCUCAUUUACAAAGGCACAAUUCUAACCGAAAUACUAAAUCUGUGUCUGUUACAAUGGAUGUCAGGGUUCACGUACCUGAAAACCAAAAGUAGGAGUGUGUGUGUGGAGGGAAUCCCUGCAUAUAGCAAAGUAGCAUGUCAAGGAGAAGACCAGACCAGACCUCAUCCACCUGCCAUGCUAUUACAGGAGUUUUGUUUUUGUUAUGGGAGGCAUUUAAUAGUUUCAAUUGCUACCUGCAACUGGAGACAGCACAUCAUAAAUACAGGUUUGUGAACUCAGGAGAACUGGGUUGUAGAUCCAGGUAUAUGGUGAAGAUUGACAGGGUUCAGGGACAUAACCCAAUUUGGUCUGUUCCAUUUUAGUUACCUGUGGCCUUCAGGCUUGAACUGCCUCCUGAGUUGUAAAUUUCAGGAAUAAAUAUUUUACAAGUCAGUAAUAGUACAGAUAGUGCAAACAGGAGUAAUGCUUGGUCUCAGUGAUCUGUUUACCACUCUGAUUUAGGUAUUUGUGAAUUCACAGCUCCUUUGUGGAAGAGAGCGAGCCACCUUUUCUUCUAGUAAGAUGCCCUGUACUAGUAUGUCCAAAUUCCGUUUUUCUUCUGUGGGAUCCUAUUUGUUUAAUCAUAGCAAACGAUUCCCCCAUAGCAAAAGAGAAACCUUCCUCUAGGUGUGUAUCCUCCCCCCCCCUUCUGUCCCUCACCUCACCUCCUGAGUUGGUGAAGAGGAAGCCAGGUAAUGUAGCCAUAUAUGCAAUUUUAUCUUGCUCACAUAAUCUGUUGGCUCUCACAAUUUUUCUUCCGUUGUUGAGAUGUUUCAGAUAGUGCAGCCGGCUUCCCUCUGCAACUCGCUUGAAGGAUCUUGGGAUGUGGAAAAGAGGAGGGGAGAACAUUUCAGCAGAACAGAUAUGAGAGAAAGGGAGGGGUGGGAGUCCAUUUCGAUGGGGUGCAGCUGGCUGUGAAGACUGGUUUUGACAGGAGCUCUAUGACCAUGAAAUUGGCUGCUUCUCCAUCAUCCUCCUGGAUCCUCUGAUUAUGCUCUGAUUGUGAAGGUCUGUAGCGUCCAUCUCUCUAGAAAAUACAAGAUCUUCUUGUAUCUUCCAAAGACUGUUAUUUUUGUGUAGCCUAGUUCCUCCUUAGCCCAUUUCUGUGGCCUCCACUGCACACUCCUGUUCAAAUCAGCUGUCUGGGUAAUGUGGUGAGACUUUUCUUCUCCCUUCUUUACCUUUACACAUAGCCAGAGAGGGGCUGGCGAUGUCUUCAUCCGAUGCACGUUGCCUGUUUGGCUUCCCCAUGCCUGCAACCUCUCCCCACAGCUCGAAAGAAGCCGUUUUUGUUUGUGCAGUGGCUGUCUCAAAUGUACACACCUCCACUUAACCACAAAAUUAACAUGAAAUCAGAUGGGAAUUGGUUUGUGGAAAACCUAAGACAGAUAUGGAUUGUAGCUAACGUCAUGUACAGCUUCAAACACCAGCCAUGGGAACGAACUGGAACCAGAGUAAAUGUCAUGUGUACACAGGCAGCCUAAGAUAGUGGAGCUUCAAACACCCCAUUCACUUUCAGCUGUUCCUGCUAUCCUUCUACUCUGCAUGGGGUGAGCUCUGGGACCUGUGUGUCUUUUGAGAAUGAGAUACAGUCGUACCUUGGAAGUUGAACGGAAUCCGUUCCGGAAGUCCAUUCGACUUCCAAAACGCUGGGAAAACCAAAGUGCGGCUUCUGAUUG